UCAAACUCCUCAUAAUUCGACGUUCAACUCCGGACUCCGCUACUGGAGCCGCCUAUAUUCUCACUGUUUUCCCUUUUCAUUGGAUUUUGAUAUUUUUUUCAAUUUCCUCAAUGAAUCUCUUCACUUUUCUUUCUCUUCUUCUCGGAUUUUCCUUCUUUUCUCUGUUCAUCAACAAUGGCGUCGUCUUCGUUGACGCUCUCCAUAAAAUUUAUCCUGAAUUACAGUCUAUUCAAACCGACGCCUCCGUAAUUAAGCCCCUCCAUCGAACUCGUUUUCACUUCCAACCUCGGCGUAACUGGAUCAACGAUCCAAAUGGACCAAUGUACUUCAAGGGAAUUUAUCAUUUGUUUUAUCAAUACAACCCCAAAGGCGCAGUUUGGGGAAACAUCGUUUGGGCUCACUCAAUUUCCAGAGACCUAAUCAAUUGGAAGCCAUUGAAGCCCGCCAUUUACCCUUCAAAGCCCUUCGACAUCAAUGGCUGCUGGUCCGGCUCUGCCACCGUCCUCCCCGGCGACAAGCCCGUCAUCUUAUACACCGGAAUCGACCCCCAAAACCGCCAAGUCCAAAACUACGCCAUUCCGGCAAACCUUUCGGAUCCGUAUCUUACCGAGUGGAUCAAACCAGAUAACAACCCGAUCGUCGACCCGGGUCCGGGAGUCAAUGCCAGCGCCUUCCGGGACCCGACGACAGCGUGGCUGAGCAAAAGCGGCCACUGGAAGACUGUCAUCGGCAGCAAGAGGAAAAAGAGGGGAAUGGCGUAUUUAUAUAGAAGUAGGGAUUUUGUGAAGUGGACGAAGGCGAAACAUCCUUUACAUUCUGCCGCUAAUACGGGUAUGUGGGAAUGCCCCGAUUUCUACCCGGUUCCUCUCAGGGGCAAGCUUGGAUUGGACCCUUCGGUGACUGGGAAUUGGGUUAAACAUGUGUUCAAGGUGAGUUUGGAUCUCACUAGAUAUGAGUAUUAUACGGUGGGGAAGUAUUUUCCGAAAAAAGAUAAGUAUGUACCGGAUAAUACAUCGGUGGAUGGAUGGAGUGGGUUGAGAUAUGACUAUGGCAAUUUCUAUGCUUCGAAGUCGUUCUAUGAUCCGUUGAAGAAGAGGAGGGUUUUGUGGGGUUGGGCUAAUGAGUCUGACAGUGCACAAGAUGAUGUUUCUAAAGGAUGGGCUGGAAUUCAGUUAAUUCCUAGGACGGUGUGGUUGGAUCACAACCAGAGGCAGCUCAAACAAUGGCCGGUUAAAGAGCUGAAUACGCUGAGAGGAAAGAAAGUUGUGUUGAGCCAUCAGAAGCUGUUGAAGGGACAUACUGUUGAGGUUAAAGGAAUUACUGCUGCCCAGGCUGAUGUUGAAGUUAUGUUCAGCUUUUCAAGUCUAGAUAAAGCGGAUCCAUUUGAUCCAAGAUGGGUAGAUGCCCAAGCCGCAUGUGAUCAACUGGGCAACUCCCAAGGUGGAGUUGGGCCGUUUGGGCUUCUAACCCUGGCUUCAGAAAACCUUGACGAAUUCACUCCUGUAUUCUUCAGGAUCUUCAAGGCCCAUCACAAACACGUGGUUCUUAUGUGCUCUGAUGCCAGAAGCUCUUCUUUGAAGGAGGAAGGAUUGUACAAACCAGCAUUUGCCGGCUAUGUCGACAUCGAUUUAUCGAGGAAAAAGCUCUCAUUAAGAUCUUUGAUUGAUCAUUCAGUGGUAGAAAGCUUUGGAGGAGGAGGAAAAACAUGCAUAACUUCAAGGGUAUAUCCAACAAAGGGAGUGUUUGAUGAUGCUCAUUUGCAUGUGUUCAACAAUGGAACAGAAGCUAUCACAGUAGAAUAUCUAAGGGCUUGGAGUAUGAAAAGUGCUAGGAUGAAUUAAGUCUUUAAAUUAGAAUCUUAAUCAGAAUGUGUUUGUUUUGGCUUUUUUGGGUUUUAAAGUUAGUAGGGAAAAUGGAGGUAGUAAGUGAGGCAGGUUAAUUUAGGUCGUAAUGAGAGAUUGGCUGCUUUUCACCUUCUCUUACUUUUGUCUCAAUGGAUCUUGAAUAAGAGUUGAUCUUUGACCCUCUGGGUUGAGAUUUAUCCUUCUUGUUGAACUUUGAUUACUUAUUUAUUUUAGCCCCAUCGUUUUACAGAUGACAUUUUGGAAAA